CUUACGGCUUCGGCAACAAUCUCCCCCUUCCACCCGUCACAAUGACUCUCGAAAUCACACCAAUCACACUCCCCAAUUCAAAGCAAUUCUACCUCGAGAAUGCACAAGGAGAAAAACACCUCAUCCAGAUCUCCUGGCCUCUGCACUGGACAGACGCGCAGCCCCCGACAGACAGCGGCCCGCUCCCAAUCCUAUACAUCGUCGACGGCAACGCCCUCUUCCUGACCGCGACCGAGGCCGCCUGGCGCCGCGCCGUCAUGUCCGACUUCCAAGGCGGCGGGGUCAUCGUCGCGAUCGGCUACCCGCUGACGGGGCAGGUGUACGACUUCCACCGCCGCAGCCGGGACCUGACGCCGCCGACCGACCCGGCCGUCCCCGGCCACGGCGGAGCGGACGCGUUCCUGACCUUCCUCACCGACACCGUCCGCCCCGCCGUGCAUGCCGCAUUCCCGCGUCUCACGUGCGCGCGCGAAGCCCUCUACGGCCACUCCUACGGCGGGCUGUUCGCGCUGCAUGCGCUGUUUACGCGGCACGAAGCGUUCGAGUGCUAUCUGGCUAGUAGUCCGUCGAUAUGGUGGAAUGGGCGGUGGAUUCUGGAGGAAGCUAGGGGGUUUGUGGAGAAGGCGAAGGCGAAGGAGCGUCCCUUGGAUGGGGAGCGGGGGCCGCGGCCGGCACUGAUGAUGUUUGUGGGGUCGUUGGAGCAGAAUCCCGCGCGGCGGAGGGGUGAGUCCGACGAUGAAUAUGAGGAGCGCAGGCGGAUGGCGGCGGAUUGGAGGAUGCGGGAUAAUGCGUUCGAGCUCGCGGAGCUGCUUCGCGAGUGUCCCGCGGUGCUGACGGUGCCGGUCCGGGAGUACGAGGGCGAGGAGCAUACGAGUGUCAUGGCUUGCUCGCUGAAUCGGGGCUUGACGGCGUUUUUUGAGGGGUGGCCGUUCGAGCGGUAGUGCUGUAUUGUGGACCAUGUUGCGCCUGCGUGGGAGAAUGCCGAUGGAUGCUUCGGGGUUGACUGUC